GACGGCUUCUCGUGCGCACGUAGUGUGAAUUCUAGAGCCCUUCUGGACACUAGCAGCUGCUGCAUUUUGUCGAAGCAAGCACAUCUUACACGACGAUUGUCGGGCCCAUCUUCAUUGCAGUGGACGUGUGACGAAGCGUACCAUCUCCCAAACCAUACGGCGAAGGCACAGUUGUACCAAUUGAUUAAAAGCAGCAAGGAUCGCCUGGAGCGGCGCCUAUCGUUUUAUAUGACUUUAGAAAGCGUACAAGAAACACCAGCACUCAAAGGAGCACCGCUUUCUCCCAUAUUAAGGAGUUUCAGUGGUACGACGUGCAUGAUUUCUCAUAGGAGCAGUAAAAGUCAUAGGACUUCAAAAUAUUCUAGCAAUAGACAUCGGAAAUUACAACCAUUCAGAGAAACGUGAAAUAUCUACCCCAAUUUAGGCAUCUGUAAAUUUUUAUUUAACUCUUCUAAUAAGCAGCAACUCAAACCAACCCAUUCAACGCCCAACCGUAAAUCGCAUCAAUUCAUCGCGUAUGCUAUAAGCAGCGUGUUGCGAAAUUUGGAAGUCGACUUAGAAACAGGAAUCCAGGCGAACAAAGUAG